GGUAGGGAACUCGGGUGGCCAGUGUACAUAGACUCUUGGCUUGGUUAAAGGCUUCUUCGACUUCUUUUCGUGAACUAUAGCCUCUCACCCUCCCCCAUCGAUCCAACCUAGCCAAGCGGAGCUUUCGGGGGGCCAAGAAGAAAACCCGCUUUAGCUCAUCCAUUCUAACACCCUGAAUUUCUACGGACCAGGCGCUAUCCCUCUUUAAUAAUGGAAACUCUUGAGUCCAAAUACCAUCUUCUCAGCCACGAGGAUGAUGAAAACGAAUAUCUGCCGUCGCAAGUGGCAGAGGGUAACCGCUGCAAGCCAACUAGGACGUCAAACCGCUUUAUCAAAUAUCGUAAGCGAUGGCUAUGGCAUGGCGUGACAGUACUUAUCGCGGUUGUCUGUACAGGUGUGAGUUUUUGGGGGGGGCUCGAAGUUGGAAAGAAAUUAACAACGACGCCGCCUUGCGAAACUCCUUACUUGAAACUCACCUAUAACCAGCCACAUACCAUCUGGUGGAACACCGAGUUCAGCAACGCUUCCCACACAGCUACUGACGCUGAGAUCGAUGCCCUCUGGGACACUCAGAUCCCGUGGGAACGCGGCAUCAUCGCAAUUCGCUUCGAGGAGGCACACGCCAUGGGGCUACCCAGGUCACAGCCUUGGCCCUGGGACGGUCGCAACAAGGGCAUUUACAUUAUGAACGCUCACCACCUGCUGCAUUGUGUGCGUAUCCUGUAUAUCUCCAUCCAGCAAUUCCGUCGCGGCACCCAGCAGACUAUCGCCUACACCCACGUCCUGCACUGCCUGGAUAGCCUGCGCGUCGAGGUGAUGUGCCACGCAGACGACACCCUGCGAUACGUGCCCGUCAAUGGCGACCCGCCUGACGGAAGGUACCCCGGUGAUGGCCAGGAGCGAGCGUGCAGAGAUUGGAAGGUUGUGUCGGACUUUGUCGAGUCUCACGACCCCUGUUAUCGCUACGAGAACCCAGGCGACGAGGACUACCCGAACCUCGAGCGCUUUAAGUUCUGUCCGCCAAACUCGGAGUAUUUGCCCCUAAUCCGGCAAUAUUUUGGCUACCCGGACGACUGGACGCCUGCGGAUCGAGAGGGUCCUAGGGAGUUAGACUGGUGAGAAUCCGACUGCUUUGGCUCAGUCUUACUCCUACUCUGAUGGUCACAAACGUUAUCAGCGAACCAUUCCCACAAGCGACACCUCGAUCUUUCUAUUUGUUCGGCCUGGUUAUGAAACUUCCUCGGUCACCAUCGUAGCGGGUUGCUUCGCUUGGGCAAGUGGUCUGUGGCUGCGCAGGGUUUGGGCGAAUAUUGGUCGGUAUUCUAGUUCACUACGGCCAAAUACGGAAGAACGGCAAGAGGUGAUGGUGCUUUAGUUACUCUUUCAUUCCCCAAUGCACGGGACGAAUCCUGAAGAUCAGGUACCCAAGG